GUGAUGUUGUGGCUUGCAGUCGCGCGGUUUCCCCUUUUCCCAUGUGGCGAUCUGUCAACAGUAUCGGAGUCGUCGACGAGUAGACUGCUUCGAGACUGCUUCGAGACUGCUUCGACCGCGCGCGAAACGCGGAUCACUCUCGUGCCGUACGCGCGACAGAUACAUACACGAAAAUACUGUGAGGAUCGAUCCGCGGCUGUAAUCAUGGAUCGAGCCUUUUUAAACGUGAUGAUCCUCAGCUGGGGAUUCAUGCUGGUCUUCACGGCGUUUCAAACGAUGGGCAAUAUAGAGAAAACUGUCUUGAACAGCAUCUCGGACGAAUUUGAAGACUUCCAUGGCAAUGCUUAUGUCAGCCUGGCCAUAAUCUAUGCCGUGUUUGCGACCUGCAACUGGUUAACACCAUCCUACAUUUCCGUGACAGGGCCACGGGUGGCGAUAUUUACGGGUGCUAGUUGUUAUGUCCUAUUCAUCGCUUCGUUUUUCUGGCCGCACGAUGCCCUGCUGUACAGCAUGUCCGCUAUUGUCGGGAUCGGCGCCGCUCUGAUGUGGACCGGUCAUGGACAAUACCUGACAGAAAACAGUGAUAAUGAGACCAUAUCGCGGAACGCCGGUAUAUUUUGGGCGAUUUUCCAGACAUCGCAGUUCGCUGGCAAUUUGUUCGUUUUCUUCAUCUUCACGAAGCCCAAAAUUGACAAGGAGCAACGGACAAUCGUAUUCAGUGUGCUAACUGGCCUCGCGGUAGUCGGUACCGGGGUGCUGCUCGUACUGAGAAGAUCGCCACCGAAGUUGUUGCUGGGUGAAGCCGAGGGGGUGUCUAACGCCGAUAAAGAACUACGCCUGCCGGAACCAAGGCGUGAGAAACCAUUACUGGCCGCAUGGAAUGCCUUCGUGGAUGCAAUUAGGCUUUUCCUCACGUCGAAUAUGAUGCUUCUAUCAUUGACGUUCAUCUAUACAGGUCUUGAGCUUACCUUCUAUUCCGGUGUGUACUCUAAUAGCAUUGGCUUCGUGAAGGCAUUGGGUGAGGAUCGCAAGAAAUUGGUGGGACUAUCCGGUAUCUUUAUUGGUGUCGGCGAGGUCGUAGGCGGCGCGAUCUUCGGUAUUCUCGCGUCCAAGAUAUCCCGUAAGUGUGGUGGCUGGCCAGUGAUACUCACCGGUCUGAUCGUGCAUCUAUUCGCCUUCAUCAGCAUCUUCCUGAAUCUACCAAACGAUGCGUCAGUCACGGAUACAGACAACAUGGGCUACAUUGAGACGUCGGAGAUCCUCGCAUUGGCAGGCAGUCUUGCCCUCGGUUUCGGCGACGCUUGCUAUAACACUCAGGUCUACUCGCUACUGGGCGUCCUGUUCGCCAACGAGAGCGCGUCGGCCUUCGCUCUCUUUAAAUUCUGCCAAUCUAUCGCAGCGGCCAUUAGCUUCUCGUACAGCACUAAGGCGGGAUUGCAUGUACAACUCGCGGUGCUACUCGUGGCUAUAUUCAUCGGUACGGGAGCCUUCUGUUACGUCGAAUACAAAGUUAAAAAAUCGAAGAAUGAAUCCCCACAGGAAAUUGAUCCAGCGUUGGUCGACGCCACAAGCGGUGAAGAUUGAUAAGGCUAGUUAAAUGCAAAUUCUUUAGGUUGCAAAGAUAUAUAGUUCGAAUGCGAAUGAAGUGCGUGAAAGCUUUCGAGAAAUAACAUCGUGGAACAUAGGAAACUACGUUAAAAGUAAAGCAAUUCGCAGUAGCUCGAACGAGCGUUAACGCAUAUUAUUUUAGUAUGUUAAUGAUAAGAUUGAUAAGAUAUUCUUGUAAAUAUAAGUAUUAGAUGAUGAAUCCUUCUAUAAUUAAAGACUCUUUACAUUAGCAUAUCUCAAA